AUGGGGAACGACACACCCUUCGCGCAGCGCCCUGUCAUCAUUUUAGGCGCUGGGAUUAUCGGCUGUGCUACAGCACGACAGCUACUUCUCAAUGGCUUUCGUGUUAUACUGGUAGCGGAGUAUUUACCUGGCGAUCAGAACAUCUUCUAUGCAUCCGCUUGGGCCGGAGCUGCAUGGCAUGCAGCUGGCGGCAUCUGUCCCGAAUAUCAAUACCUCCAGGCUGUUACUCACCGUCAUCUGCUCAUGAUGGCCCAGGAGGAUCUGGAAUCUGGGGUCUGUAUUGUUGAUUCCCGCGAAUACCUCGAGCAGCCCCCUUCCAGUUCCUCUCUCUGGGGGAAGAACGUGGUGUCCAAGUUUCGAGAGUUGGGCCCUGACGAAUACCCCUCCAAUUUUAGUUGUGGGUGGGCCUUUGACUCUCUUGUUACAGAUCCUACACGACAUAUGCCAUAUCUUGGCAAGAAGAUCACGUCGCUUGGUGGUCAUUUUAUCCGGAAGCGAGUCGAAUCUCUGCAGGAGCUAUACACCAUGUUCCCUGAGUCGUAUAUCUUUAUCAAUGCCAGUGGACUGGGCAGCAAGUCACUCACUGAUGUCCAGGACGACAAGUGUUUCCCUGAACGAGGUCAAAAUGUGUUCUUGCGGACGGGCAACUGCAAAACAAUGUACUUCCGCAACGGCAAAGAAUAUACUUACAUUAUUCCCCGACCACUAUCCAACGGCCUUGUACUAGGAGGGGUCAAGGAAAGGGAUAAUGUUUCUCCUGAAGUAGACAUGGAAAUUGCUCGAGAUGAAAUCGCGCGUGCCCAUCGUCUUGCCCCCGAUAUUAUCCCGGAGAAUCCCAGUGAAGAUGCACUCAGCUAUAUUGUUGGUAUCCGUCCCUCGAGGCAAGGCGGAUUUCGUCUGGAUUCCGAGCAAAUCGGCAGUCGUAUAAUCCUAUCUGCCUAUGGCUUUGGUGGAGGUGGAUAUGCCUUUUCGUAUGGUGUAGCCGACGCUCUUACGAAGAUGGUUGAAAAGGCGGAAUGUGAGAAUGUGAUUCUUCAAGCUGGUUCUUGA